CCCAGUAAAAAAUGAACGGUCGUGUCAGUCGGUUGCAUUGGGCGAGUAUAUUUUGCGUAAACUAAUUGAUUUCUUCUAAUUAAAUUAAAGUGAAUCAUUGUGACAUCAAUGCAAUUGUGAUGUGAGCCAUGUUAAUUAUAAUUGUGCCAACAUUAAUUGUAGUGACUUCAAAAUAGGGGGUGUAACAGAAAACAAAAAUGGCUUCGGGAGAUUGUGAUCAUAUAGAAGUGAUGGAACUAUCCAUGACGAAAAAGGCGGAUAUGGCAACAGGCCCGUCUGGUUCUGAUGAUGAUGAUCGCGAUAGGCUCUCGAUCGCAGAAAAGAAUGUUCCGUACGAUCCAGCGGUGGGUCCCUCAGGGGCUAUCGGCAAAGUGCACAAAUCGGACCGAAAGAUUGGGCAUCGCCGUGUGGGUGAAGGAGGCGAGAUUACCUAUAAGAAGAUUCAGUCUUCGCAGAUCAUGGGAUCCAUACAAUUGGGAAUCCAACACGCGAUCGGGGGUUUAGCAUCGAAGCCGGAACGUGAUCUCCUCAUGCAAGACUUCAUGACGGUGGAGACAACAAACUUUCCAAGCGAAGGGUCUAAUCACACGCCGGCUCACCAUUACUCGGAGUUUAAAUUCAAGACAUACGCCCCUAUCGCGUUUAGGUACUUUCGUGAUCUCUUCGGGAUCCAGCCGGAUGAUUUUUUGAUGUCCAUGUGCAGUGCACCUCUCCGUGAACUAAGCAAUCCAGGUGCUUCUGGAAGCAUCUUCUACCUCACCAAUGACGACGAGUUCAUUAUCAAGACUGUGCAGCAUAAGGAGGGAGAGUUCUUGCAGAAGCUACUUCCGGGUUACUAUUUGAAUUUGGAUCAGAAUCCGCGUACUCUCCUGCCGAAGUUCUUCGGUCUCUACUGUUACCAAUGCAACAGUAAGAAUGUCAGAUUGGUGGCGAUGAAUAACAUUCUGCCUUCAUCUGUUAAAUUGCAUCAGAAGUAUGACUUGAAGGGAUCAACUUAUAAGAGGAAGGCGAGCAAAUCCGAGCGCGUGAAGAACUCACCGACGUACAAAGACCUGGAUUUCAUGGAGCAUCAUACGGAAGGCAUCUUCCUCGAGGCGGACACGUACACGGCGCUCAUUAAGACCAUGCAACGGGAUUGUCGGGUGUUGGAGAGUUUUAAGAUCAUGGAUUACUCUCUUCUCGUGGGAAUACACAACUUGGACGAGGCCCAACGGGAGAAGACCGAAGCGAGAAAGAGAAAUGACUCCCACAGCGAUGACGAGGACGGGGACAAGAAGGGGCUCAAUAGGACUCGAUCUGAGCAAAGUCAGGACGAGUUCAAGGCGCAAGUGAAAAGGACACAGUCUAUAAAUCGUCAGAGACUCGUCGCGCACUCCACGGCCAUGGAGAGCAUCCAGGCGGAGAGCGAACCCAUUGAUGAAGAAGAGGAUGUGCCACCUGGUGGUAUUCCGGCAAGAAAUGCGCGUGGGGAGCGUCUCCUACUGUUUAUUGGUAUCAUUGACAUCCUCCAGUCUUACAGACUCAGGAAGAAACUAGAGCACACGUGGAAGAGCAUGAUACAUGAUGGGGAUACAGUCUCAGUGCACAGACCGAGCUUCUACGCGCAGCGUUUUCUAGAUUUCAUGGCAAAGACGGUUUUCAAGAAGAUACCUUCGUUGGACCUUCCGGAAAUCAAGGGAAAUCAUCGCAAGUUCAGAACGCUGGUCACCAGUUAUAUAGGUCUAACACUGAAACACUCGCCGUCGAAGAGGAAAAGCAUCGCGAGGCCAGCCAGAGCCAUCGAGGAAGUCGACACGCCAGGACGACUGUACGUACGACCAAUCAAGGAUUAUAAUCCGGACUUUAUGAGAAUCAGAUCGCCUAGGUCUUCCGUGAGAUCUAGUUUGAGCGAUUUUACAGAUACGACGAUAUCAACGUACCAAAGACAACAAAUCACAACCGAAUAUCCAUCAGUUUUAUCCGAUAGAUUAAAAAUUGAUAGACCGUUCAGACGAAUUGAUUUUGAUCCGAACUUACAAAUUCGUGAACCUGGGACUUCUUAUGACGAAAAUAUUUAUAGAAUUAGAGAAAUGGACACGUUGUCUGAUCAGCUGACUAAAGUCUUAAGUACCGGAGCGGGUAGUUCCCAUAUAAACGGUAGUCUGGCUGAUAGUGGUAUACAAACAGACAAUACUAGUACAAGCGUACCACAGAUAUAUAUUGAAUCACAGUCGGUGAAAACAGUUAAAGAUGCGGCGGUGGAUACGAGAAAUGAUAAUAAUCUCCAAGAUAUACCAUUUAUAGAUGAAGAAGAAUUUGAAAAGAAACGUAAUGUUUUAGAGAAACAUAAAAGUACGUCGAAUAUUCCAGAGAUAAUAGAAACCGAGAAUGAGAGGCUGUCUAUGAGUCUCAAUAGGGCGAAAUCCCCGACGUUUGUGGAGAAAUUUAAAAAGUUUUUUAUGGAUAUAGGGCUGGUGAAGUCCGAAAGUACGCCAAAUACAGAUGUUCAGGCAAAUACAUUGCCCAAGUCAAGUGAACAUACAAGAAGUGUUUCGCCAAAUACUUUUGAACCGAGAGAGUCUUCGACUUUACCGAAAGAUAUGAGAUUUCGUAAAGUAAGAUCAACACAAACAGUCUAUAUUAAACCAGAAUCUCCAUUACCGGAAAUACCAAAGGAAACGGAAGUAACUAGACCGGAACACGUGUCUGUGGUUAAGUUAAAUGGCGAUGAAUAUAUAAAAGAUUCUGAAUCUGAGAGAGUUAUUAAGGAAGUCGUCUAUGUAAAAAGCUUGGAUAAAUCCGCAAUUUAUUCUGGCAAAGAUAGUGGGAGUACUAUCAUCUUUGUUCCGCCGGCGGACUGAUAGAAUUAAGGACAUGCUCGCCUAAUCACUAGAGGGACUUCCGUGUCUGACCCCUUCUAUUGCCACGUUGGAGAAGGAAAUUACAAAGCCAGUGACACAAAUUAAUAUUAUUUCAAUGCUAUUUAUUGUACGUGAGGACUUGUACGCCUAACCGCUUUUGCGUCUAUAUUAUAUCUACUUAUUCAAAGCUAUAUAUUUUUCGGCUUCAUAAAAGUUGCGGCUAUUAGAGAUACGGACUCGAAUGCCUCACAUCUUUGUGGGUAGGCGUUCAAGACUAGCUAAGGUAUUAUAGAAAAUUGUGUAUUCGAUAUUUUAAGUAGUUGACUUGUAUUGUCAAAAUUAUUAUGUAUUCUUUUUUAUUUGUAUUCACAUAUAGAAGCGAUGGGGCGGGACCCGUUUCGACACAAAUGUCUACAAUUAUAUUUCUAUAAAUUGGCUUUAUACUUAAGUAUUUAUUUUGACACUUCGAUAAUGGAUUGCGGCACAUGUUUUCAAGUAUCUGAAAUUAAUAAAUUAUGCUGAAUAGAAAUCAACAAGAUUUCCUGCUAGAGAAAUACAGAUUUCCUUACAUAUCCUCAUCUGACUAAUGGCCAUGGACUCUCAAUUCUUGUGAGUGCGUUAUAUUAUUUUACGCUCUUAAAAGACCCUAAGAUAUGUUAUAUCUGGUACUCUUUAACUUCCAACGUUUCUGACGUUUUGAUAUUCUCUUAAUAUCAGCAGCACCUUGGGUUCGGACAAAAACUCAUUAGGACAAAUCGUCUUAAAAGCUAUUUGUUGAAGACCAUUCGAUUCACAUAUGACAUCGCUGAAUAGCGAGAUUGUGAUUUGUAUCACCUUUGGGCCUAAGUCGCGUAAAAUCUCUUGAGUCAGCGUACCUAAUAAGAGAGUGACGGCAGGUGCAAGAUUUUGCAUUUUUUUCCAGCUAUGCUGUUAUCUUCUCAUAGUGUCAAUUUUAACUUUUUAAAUUAUAAAGGAGACUUCCGAAGGUUGGCCUACAUCAGGGCUACUUUAAUUUUGUAUGCCGCGAUUCUGAACAAUGAAUUGGUGCUUUGACCAAACCAUUGUCAAGGUUUUUUUCAAACCAAGCGUGCGUCUGCGGCCAGGUCUCCUUCUACCUGCCACUUUGCCUUUAUCAUUAGUUGAAAGAGCUGCUAUCCAUUGUCGAAAUGGCUUUAUCGCAUGAGAUUUAUUUCUGUUACCUUGAUCACAAAGAAUUUAUUAUAAAUUUAUUUAAGUAGAUUAGGUACGUAUAAGCAUUUUAUUUAAAAUUGUAGUUGAUAGCUGAUUAAUUUAUUUAUCUUAAAGUAUGAUAAUGGCCCCGAAAAUCUGUUUUUUUUUAUAUAAAAUCUACUUAUAUUUAAAUAAAGUUGAUAUAUUGAAAUUAAAACUAAAAAUGUUCGCUUAUAUAAAAGGACGUGUGUCCAGCGUGGCUGUGAAACUCCAUUCAUUUCAACAAUAUUAUUAUAAUAUCUAAAAUAAUUCCAGUUAGUACAUUCACACACACUGACUCCGUUGGCUCUGCUACCCAAGUGUCUUGUUCGAAACGAGAAUCUUCCAGGAUGUCUUGUGCUACCGCCGUCAAUUACUGGAUUAAUUAUUUCUUUCAUAUACAGUUAUUCUGCUUUUU